AUGGCGGCGGCGGCGGCGGCGGCGGCUGCCUGGCCCGAGCUGGAGGCGGCGGCGCGGGAGCGGCGGAGGGAGCUGGCGCUGCCCGGGCCGGCGGUGGCUGAGCGGGUGGCGGCGGGCGGCGGGCGGCUGCCGGCCCAGCUGCUGGCGCUGCCGCUGCUACAGUCGCUGGAGCUGAGCGGCUGCCCGGCGCUGCGGGAGCUGGGCCCGGGGCUGGCCGCCGCCCUGCCCGCCCUGCACACGCUGGUGCUGCGCGGUAACGCGCUGGGCCCCGCCGGGCUAGGAGCGGGGCUGGGCGGGCAGCUGCCGGCCCUCCGCAUCCUCGAUCUCUCCGGUAACGGCCUGGAGGAGCUGCCCGCGGCGCUCGGCGGGACGGCUGAGCCGGCGGCGGGAGCCCCGGCGGGACCUGCGGCCUUCCCGCAGCUUCGCAGCCUAAACCUCAGCGGGAACAGGCUGCGGGAGCUGGGCCCGGGGCUGGCCGGCGCCGCGCCGCAGCUGCAGUCGCUGCUGCUCUCCGGUAACCGGCUGCGAGCGUUGCCCGGCGGGCUGCUGCCCUCCGGUACCGCCGGGCUCUUCCCGCUGCUCAGCCAGCUGGAGGCGGCCGACAACGAGGUGGAGGAGCUGGGUGCGGACAUCGCUGCUCUGCCGGCCCUCAAGAGCCUGGAUGUGGCCAACAACCAGCUGCGGGAGCUGCCUGCGGCGCUGGCCGACUGCCCCCGGCUGAAGGAGGCCAACUUCAGGGGCAACCAGCUGAAGGACAAGCGGCUGGAGAAGAUGGUCAACGGCUGCCAGACGAAGGCCAUCCUGGAGUACCUGCGGGCGGGCGGGCGCGGGAAGGGGAAGGGCGAGAGCUCCCGUGAGGAAGCCAGGAAGAAGAAGAGGGAGAAGCAGCAGCAGAAGGAUGGCAGGGAUGGGGAGCAGGAUGAGCUGGAGGAGGCCAGCAAGCUGCUGGUGAAGGUUCUGCACAUCACUGAGAACCCUGCACCCCUGGUGGUGAAGGCGACCCCGGGCGUCAGGGACGUUCGAGCCUUCAUCGUGUGCUGCGUGCUGCGGGGAGUCAACCUCAGGCCGGGCAACGCGAUGAGGAGGUUCCUGUCCCUGCAGACUAAGCUGCACGAAGACCUCUGUGAAAAGCGAACGGCAGCCACGAUUGCCACCCACGACCUGCAGCUGGUCAAGGCUCCUCUGACCUACGAUGUUCAGCCUCCUGACCAGCUGAAGAUAACCCCCCUGGGGCGAAAGGAGAUCAAGGCAAAGGACCUUCUCCGGCAGCUGCAGCUGGAGGCAGAGGAGCAGAGGAAGCAGAAGAAGCGUCAGAACAUUUCUGGACUGCACAGGUAUCUGCAGCUCCUGGAUGGCAAAGACAACUACCCCUGCCUGCUGGAUGCUGAGGGUGCUGUCAUCUCCUUCCCACCAAUAACCAACAGUGAGAAAACCAAGAUCAGAAAAGACACUCAGGACCUGUUCCUGGAAGUGACAAGUGACAGCAGCCUGCAGAUCUGCAAGGAUGUGAUGGACACACUCAUCCUGAAAAUUGCAGAACUGAACAGGUCUACCCUAGAGAACAAGGAGCACUCAGGCUCAGAUGAUGACUCCCAUGCUCAUCAUGGACCAGUGAGUCUGAGCCCCCCGGCAGUGACCCCUCCCUUGGUGGUGGAGCAGGUUCGAGUGGUGGACACAGAUGGAAACUUAAAGGUGCUUUAUCCUUCCAAGACUGACCUGGCCAUGGUGUCCUCUCUGCUGACUGUGCUACGUUAGCAGUGCCAGAGCUGAGGACAGGAGCCCUCUGCUUUGUUUUCUCUGCCUCCCGCUCUGCACCUGGCAUGCAGGGAGGUGCUUUGGGGGCUCCAAAGGAAAGAGCUGGCAGCUGCAGUGAGGAAUCCAGCAGAUGCCAUGCACCAGGCCUGGGGAGAUGCUGCAAAGCUCCUUCACCACCCUCUCUUUCUGUGCCUGGAGUAACUGUGGGAACUUAACUGCUGCCAGGACUUGAAGCUGAGCUGGACAGUGCUGGUUUCUGUCUUCAGACACAGACACAGCUCCUGUUUUUUUAAGUGAAGUCAGUUGACUGCAGGACUUUGUGCCUCCUGGUGUGUUCCAGAGUCAUUCUCCAUCCUAGUGGAAGUGCUGCUUGUGGUGACCUUGUCGUGUGCCUCUUUAGUCACUGCUGGUGGAGCACAGCAUUUAUUGUUGCUUCUUGAGUUCCCUUUUGAGGGCUGCUCCUGCCUUACCCCAGCACCACCAGAGCUCCCUGGCUCCUCAGAGUGACCCUCCUGGAGCUUUGUGUUGCCCCCCUACAUGGUGAGUGCUGGGAACACCUCUCCUACUACACAGGCAGUGCAAGUGGCUCUGAUCUCUGCAGUCUGUGGCUGACUUUUGCAUCCAGGCUACAGCCUGGGUGAACACAAACCACUCCAUAAGCUGAGGGGACUCACUCUGAGCACUACAGACCUCUCCAUAAGCUGAGGUGACUCGCUCUGAGCACUACAGACCUCUCCAUUAGCUGAGGUGACUCCCCUGGCACUACCUGGGUGAACAGAAACCUCUCCAUAAGCUGAGGUGACCUCCAGAUGGGUUUUUGUCAGUUAAAAGUGUUGUAAAGCUGGAGCUGAACUUGCAGAUCCUGUGUCAAAUCCAUCCACCUGCUGGGACCUAGGCUGCUGAGUGGAAAAUAAAGCAGUUCUUGCAGUC